AUGUUGAAGGUGGAAGCUAUGGUGGCUAUGAAACACUGGUGCGCUCACGUUCACUCCGGAAGAGUUCGCCUGUGGUGUGGACAUCGUUGGUAUGUCGAACUUGGUCACGUGGGCAGAGACGGUCCCACCAUACUGGCGCGGUGCACACAAAGAGCUUGUUCAAAUGUUGGGAGGCCGGCCGUCAAGUCGCUCAUCGCUCGUUCGCCGCUGUUUUUAGCUGAUCGCGUGAAGAAGCCCCUGCUGAUUAUCCAGGGAGCUAACGAUCCUCGCGUGAAUAAAGAAGAAUCUGGUGAGCUCCUCCAUGUUGUCGCUGUCGUAUGGGCGCAGCUUGGAUUCUGA